UCAGUUUCUGAUAUACCACAUAAUACUACUGACCUUAUACAAUAUCUUACAACUACUCAAUAUAAUCAUUUUCAAUUGGUUUUUGAUAUACUACAUAAUACCACUGACUCUAAACAACCACCUCCAACUACUCAAUAUGAUCGUUCUCAAUUG